AUGACGGACGCCAGCGCGCCGGGCCUGCCGCUGGACGACGGCACCCACGCGCCGCUGAUCCACCUCGAGUUCCGCUACCGCCAGGUGGACACAGUGCUGGCGCUGGCCUAUGGCGGCGCCUGCUUCUUCUCCUUCUGGGCCUUCGCCAUGCACGCGCAGUCGCCCACGCGCCAGGCCGCGACGCUCGGCUUCUACCUGCUCAUGGGGCUGGCCUCGCUCACGCGCGUGCUGUGGUUCGCCACGCCCUACGGCGUGCAGUCGGUGCUGGUGGAGCCCCCGCGGAUCAUGAUGGGCGACGACGGCUGGGCCCAGUUCCUGCUGGCCGAGGCCGUGGAGCUGCUGGGCUCCUUCCUGCUCUACAGCGUCUUCGUGCUCAUCGUCGUCUUCUGGGCCGACAUGCUGCGCCGGCUCUUCACGCACGAGAGCGUGCGGUCGCACCCGCUGCGGCUCUUCUUCUUCGUGCUGCUGGCCAUCGUGGCCAUCGAGGCCAUGGGCUUCGCGGUGUUCGCGGCCAAGCGGGAGGACUCGUACUGGCUCAUGGUCUACGACGACGUCGUCAUGUGUCUGCUGUCGCUCGGCUCGCUCGCGGCGGUGCUCGUGUACUCGUUCAGGAUGAAGACCGUGCUGCAGGCGUUCCUCGAGGUGAGCCAGAUCGACACCACCGAAAGGAUCAAGGCGGUCAACUGGGCCACGUCCAUCUGCGCGUUCUUCCUCGUCUCCAACUGCGUCUUCCUCACCUACUCGAUCAUCAGCCUCGCACAUUUCCACCAGGCCGGAGCCUACCUCGAGUCCAAGUGGUGGUGGCUCUUUGUGGCGUCCAAGCACCUCGUGGAGAUCUUCGUGCUGUAUUUCCUGCUGUACACGCUGUGGGGGAAGAGCUCGGACGACGCAGAGAACUCCAAGGACGGCUACGAACCCAUCCCGGACGGAAACUACCUCGACGACGACGAUCCCAACGGCAUCAACGCGUCAGGUUCGUUGCCCAGCACACCCCCAAGGCGCCAUCGCUAG